AUGUUAAAGCUCAAGCCAGAGCUACAUAAGAUGAUGAGAUGUAAUGUAGGUGAUGAGAGGUCUGUCAGUUUCUGGUUUGAUUGGUGGACUGACCUUGGUCCAUUAAUCUCUGUGUUUGGCAAUCGGGGUACGAGAGAUCUGCGGAUCCCUCUUGACGCCUCUGUCUGUGUAGCUGCGCCCAAUGGCCUUUGGACCCUGCCUCCGGCUAGGUCUGAUGAAGCGGAAACCUUGCAGGUGGUUCUCUCUACAAUGCAACCACCGUCCCCUGUGCGCGGCCAGGAUUCUUUCCUUUGGCGGAGUGGUGCUUGCUCUUUUCUUCCCAAGUUUUCUUCAAAGGCUACAUGGAAUAUUAUAAGAGAGCCCUCCCCUCUGGUUUCUUGGAAUAAAAUGGUCUGGUUCAAAGAGGAGAUUCCCCGGUACUCCUUUGUUUCUUGGAUGGCUCUCCUGUCUAGACUCCCCACAAGAGAUAGGCUCAUCUCAUGGGGUCUGCUGGUUCCUCCUGUGUGCCCCCUCUGUUCGUUGGAUUCAGAAACUCAUGAUCAUCUGUUUUUUACCUGCACCUUCUCAACUGCAAUUUGGUCUCACUUUGCUGGUUGGAUGUUUCCCACUCCUCCACUUGCUUUUGCUUCUGUGGCUGAUAUUAUGAAUCUCCCCCGCAUCACUUCACGCUCGGGUGCUGGGACAGUUUUAAAGCUUUUGCUGCAGGCCAUCGUUUACAGCAUCUGGAGAGAAAGGAACCAUCGUAUCUUCCGGGAUUCUUCCUCUACCGUAGCUGCAAUCGCCAAGGUGGUUGAUCGUUCAAUGAGGGAUCGCCUCCUUUCUCUACCUCCACCUCCGCCUGAUGGGACUGUCUCGCUGCUGCAGCUCUACUUUUCCACCCCCGUCUCUUCCCGCCUUAGUUUCAUUUAG